AUGCGGUUCGCCCAUCUGCUGCUGCUGUUGGCCCUGGCGGCCACGGCUGUGUCGGCUCACAGCAUCCCCGGCUCCAGCUGUGGCACGGUCACCCCGGAGGAUAGGUACGACUGCUGCACGACAAAGGCUGAUCACGAGGUGGAUGACGACUACUGCAAGCAGGCAUACCCAGAGCUGUACUCGCCCCCAGGCUCCUCCUGUGGCACUGUGAACCCCGACGACACCGAGCAGUGCUGCAAGGACAAGAUUGAGGAGGACGAGGAGGAUGAGUGGUGCCAGGAGAACUACCCAGAGCUGUACGCCGACGGCUCCUCCUGCUCCACCGUGACCCCCGGCCAGAACGAGCAGUGCUGCAAGGACAAGAUUGCCGAGGGCGAGGAUGAUGAGUGGUGCCAGGAGAACUACCCAGACCUCUACGUCGUUGGCGGCUCCUGCUCCACCGUGACCCCUGGCCAGAACAAGAAGUGCUGCAAGGACAAGAUCAAGGAAAAUGUGGGUGAUGAGUGGUGCAAGGAGAACUACCCAGAGCUGUACAACCAGGGCGGCAACGUUGCUGACUUCCCUUACAUGGCAUACAUCGAGAGCACCAAGGCCCCCAACGGCGUCUGCGGCGGCUCCCUGGUGGCGCCCGGCUACGUGCUCACCGCAGCCCAGUGUGUAUUCAAGGAUGGCGAGGCUGCCGCCGCCAGCGAUGUCAAGGUGUGGGUGGAUGGCAAGGAGUAUGCUGUGGAGACGGUGCUGGUGGACCUGGACAACGCCCAAUUUGCCGAGUUCCAGAACAGCAAGUCUGAGAACAGCUGGGACGUCGCCAUGCUGGCGCUGGCCACCGACUCAAGCGCCAAGUAUGUGGCUCUGCCGCUGUCCGACGUGCCGCAGCUGGGAGAGUGGAUCGACACCACCGCAUGGCAGGAGGCCAAGACCUCCGUGGAGACCGCCAAGGUCCCCGUGUGGGACGGCUGCCCGCCCGGCUGGGCCGACGAGUUCUGCGCCGGCGGCGGCGGCUUCCUGCAGGCCUGCCCCGACGACAAGGGCAGCCCCGCCAUGGCGGGCAACACCCAGGUGGGCCUCACCUCUGGCCCCGGCUGCGACGGCACCCCUCAGGACUACGGCUACUUCCUCAAGCUCUCCGACAAGGGCAUCCUGGAGCAGAUCACGGUGUGGCUGAACAGCCGCGGCGGCACCGGGCUGGACGCCAACAUCCAGAACUGGCUGAUCGAGGCCAAUACGUACCUCUAUGGCCGGAACCCAGGACGCAUACUGGCUGCCCACGCCACGGCCGACGGCGGCAGCCAUGGCAGCAGCAGCGACACCGGCAGCGGCGGCAGUGGCUCUCCCCCGUACUCAACUGAUGCUAGGAAGGCCAGCGUGAACGAGCUGCUGAGCGGGGUGCUGUACUGGCGGGCGCAGCAGAUCCGGCAAGGGAGGGACCCAAGCUCCGGGGCGCCCCCCGCCGCCGCCGCCGCCUCGCCGCCGCCCUACCAAAGCGUCAUCGCGCCGCCGCCGCCGCCGCCGCCGCACCAGCAGCAGCAGCAGCCCGGCACCAACGGCACCAAUGGUGCCAACGGCCUGAAUGGAAGCGCGCUCGUCAACGGGGCGGAGGCUGCGGCGCAGCCGCUGGCUCCCAGCAGCAGCAACAGCAUCGGCGGCGGCGGCGGCAGCGGCUCUGGGGAAGAUCUCUCGUACCCCGGCCACCUGCUGGAUGCGUCAGCCGCCGCCCGAGAUGUGUCCGACGCGCUGGCAGCCUACAACGGCGCCAUGGCGCAGCACAAGCUGGUCGCCGUGCGCUUCUGCCUGCGCAUGCGGGCUCAGGCGGGGCAGCGCCUCAAGCUGGUGGGCGCCUGCCAGCACUUAGGCAGCUGGAAUCUGGCGGCGGCGCCGGAGCUGCGGUGGGCGGAGGGCGACACCUGGCACGCCACCGUGCAGCUGCCCGCAGGCAGUGUCACGGAAUACAAGUAUGUGCUGCUGGAUGCCAGCGGCACACGCGCCAUGGCCUGGCAGGACGGCAACAACUCCCUCCUGUCGGUGCGGCUGGCGGAGGGCGCAGUGCCCGGCGGCCUCUCGGUGUAUGACGACUGGUACGCCGGUCCCGGCGCCAAGCUGGCGGUCGGGACCGAGCCGCCCGCCACGCGGGACAACCGCCUGCAGGCCUGGGCUGGAGACCUGUUUGCGCAGCUGGAGGUUCAGCGCCAGGACUUGCGCCGCACGCGGGUGGAGCUGGCCGGAGCGCAGCAGGACGCGGCCUCCGCUCGCCUGCUGGCUGAGCAGGCCACGGCGCAGCUGGCGGCGCGGGAGGCCGCGGCCGCGGCGGCGCUGCAGGAGGCCCGCAUGGCUCAGCUGGAGCUGCAGCGGGUUCGGGAGCUGCUGGUGGAGAAGGAGGGCGAGCAGGCGCAGGCCGUGAGCAGCUACACCCAGGCCCGCACCCUGACCGCCACGCUGCAGGCGCAGCUGGCAGACACCACAGCCACCCUGCAGGAGGCGGUGGAGCUGCUGAGUGCUCAGCCCGAGGAGGAGGAGGAGGAGGUGGGAGCCGGGGCAGCGGGGCCAGCCAGCCCUGCGCCCCGCAAGCGCCGCUCCAGCCGCAAGGCAGCGGUGCCGGCAGCGGCAGAUGCGCCGGAGGAGGAGGCGGCGGAGGAGGAGGCACCUGCAAUGGAGGCACCCCAGGCACAAGUGACAGCAGCAAAGCCCGCCCGAGCACGGCGGGGCAGGCCUAGCAAGGCAGCCCUGGCGGCAGCGGCAGCCGCGGCGGCAGAGGCCGCGACGCAGCCGAGCGCGCAGCUUGCCGCGGCGGCCAGGGCGCCCCGAGCGAGGAGGGCACGCAGCGCAGCGGCCGCAGAGGCUGCAGGAGAGGAGGUAGCGGCGGCAGCGGGUGCAGGAGAGGUGCGGCUGGCUGGCGCCGAGGGCUCCCUGGCGGCAACAUCCAAGCCUGCCAGGACCAGGCGGCCCCGCAGCAAGGCGGCAGCUGUAGUGGAGCCGACGGCGGCGGCAGGCGAGGCCGUGGAGGGGCAGGCGGCAAAGCCUGCCGGGCCGCGUCGGACGCGCAGCAAAGCUGUCACACCUGCCACGAUAGUGGCUGAAUAG